AUGGGACUCACCCGAGGUUUUAAUAGAUUCUUAUCGCACACAUUUCAUCCUUUCAAAAAUCAAUGGGCAUUCUCGUAUACAAAAAAAUUAUUAACUACAAAACCUGAAGACCAUCAUGCUGUGGUUAGUACAUUUGAUCUUUUCAGUAUUGGAAUUGGUCCGUCGUCAAGCCACACUGUUGGUCCAAUGCGAGCGGCAAAGAUUUUCGUAACCGAUUUGAAAAAUCGUUGUAUUUUUGACAAGGUAAACAGACUUCGGAUUGAUCUAUAUGGGUCGUUGGCUUUAACCGGAGAAGGUCAUGGCACACCUAAUGCAAUUUUAAUGGGAAUGGAAGGUGAGACUCCCGAAAAAGUUGUCACAUCUACUAUAAAAUCGCGAAUAUCCAAAAUUAAUGAAACAGAAAUUCUUACUCUGGAUGGAAUAAAAGCAAUAAAAUUCAAUGUUAAAAAACAUCUCGUUUUUAAUUACUACGAAUCACUUCCUCAACACCCAAAUGGCAUGAGAUUUAUUGCUUUCAAUGAACAUGGAGAUCCUUUAAUUACUAGUGAAUUCUUUUCAAUAGGCGGUGGCUUUGUGGUUGAAGAAAAAACUAUCCAACAACAUGGCGACAAUCUUUUUUAUAAAGCUUAUGACAAAUCUUCUGUUGACUUGCAACGUGUAAGACAAGAUGAGGCUGUUGUUGCGCUACCUUUUCGUAAUGCUGAAGAAUUGUUAGAUGUUUGUAAGCGAGAACGCAUGACAAUUGCUCAAGUUGUUUACCGUAAUGAACUACAUUGGCGAACUCCUGAGCAAAUUAGAAAUAAAAUAAUGGACAUUUGGAACACAAUGAAUGAAAGCAUUCGAAAUGGAUGUAUGAGCACUGAAGAAUAUUUACCGGGUAAUCUAAAGGUGCGAAGGAGAGCUUCAGGGUUAUACCAGAAACUGAUAAGUGGUCCACCACCUCCAAAGGUGACAGAUAAUUCUCUAAUACCAAGUACAACAGGUUACAAAAAAGUCAUUCUGAGACGGCCUUGGAAACAACUCAUGUUACCUGCUUUGGAUUAUCUCUCAUUAUACGCUAUUGCGGUUAAUGAGGAAAAUGCUUCUGGUGGACGGGUGGUUACUGCUCCAACUAAUGGCGCAGCCGGUGUAAUUCCCGCUGUUCUAAAGUAUUUUUUGGAAUUUAUGUCUGAAAAUAAUGCACAAGAUAUCAUGGAAUUUCUAUUUACCAGCGCCGCAAUAGGAAUGCUUUACAAAAGAGGCGCAAGCAUUAGUGCAGCUGAAAUGGGUUGCCAAGGAGAAGUUGGUGUCGCAUGCAGCAUGAGCGCAGCUGGAUUCGCCGCAGUAAUGGGUGCAACACCAGAACAAGUAGAGAACGCAGCAGAAAUAGGAAUGGAACAUAAUCUAGGUUUAACGUGUGAUCCGAUAGAUGGUCUUGUGCAAAUUCCCUGUAUAGAGCGUAAUGCUCUUGGUGCUGUCAAAGCCAUAACUGCCGCUCAAUUAGCAUUGAAUGGUGAUGGAUAUCAUAGAGUUACUUUAGAUCAAGUAAUUGAGACUAUGCGACAGACUGGAUUGGAUAUGCAAAGCAAAUAUAAGGAAACUAGUCAAGGAGGGUUAGCUGUUAAUGUUCCUCUAUGUUAA